UGUAUCAUUUGUUUUCCUUUUAGGAUUUGGAGUUCCAUGGAGUGAUGAGAUUUUAUUUUCAAGAUAAAGCUGCUGGGAACUUUGCAACAAAAUGUAUCCGGGUCUCUAGUACCGCCACCACUCAGGACGUGCUGGAAACGCUCGCUGAGAAAUUCCGCCCUGACAUGCGGAUGUUGUCAUCACCCAAGUACUCCCUGUACGAAGUGCAUGUCAGCGGAGAAGAAAGAAGAUUGGAUAUAGACGAGAAACCCCUUGUUGUGCAGUUGAAUUGGAAUAAGGAUGAUCGAGAGGGCAGAUUUGUCCUUAAGAAUGAGAACGAUGCCAUUCCUGCUAAGAAGGCUCAAAGUAACGGACCUGAAAAGCAGGAAAAAGAAGGUGUUAUCCAGAACUUCAAGAGAACUCUCUCAAAGAAAGAAAAGAAGGAAAAAAAGAAGCGAGAAAAAGAGGCAAUGAGGCAGGCGUCUGAUCGAGACGAUAGACCUUUCCAUGGGGAUGACACUGAAAAUUCUCGACUGGCUGCUGAGGUUUACAAAGACAUGCCUGAAACUAGCUUUACCCGAACGAUUUCUAAUCCCGAGGUGGUUAUGAAACGACGGAGACAACAAAAACUGGAAAAGAGAAUGCAGGAAUUUCGGAGCUCAGAUGGGCGGCCUGAUUCAGGUGGAACAUUGAGAAUUUAUGCAGAUAGUUUAAAACCAAAUAUUCCCUACAAGACGAUCCUGCUGUCUACCACAGAUCCUGCAGACUUCGCUGUGGCUGAAGCUCUAGAGAAGUACGGUCUGGAGAAAGAAAAUCCUAAGGAUUAUUGCGUUGCCCGCGUGGUGCUUCCUCCUGGGGCCCAGCAUUCUGAUGAGAAAGCUGCUGAAGAAAUCAUCCUUGAUGACGACGAGUGUCCUCUACAGAUCUUCAGGGAGUGGCCGAAUGACAGAGGGAUUUUAGUCUUUCAGCUGAAGAGGAGGCCACCAGACUACAUCCCAAAGAAAAGCCAGAAGCACAUGGAUGGGAAGCCGCUGCACGGGAAGGAGCGAGUUGAUGGGUCUGGCUACGGCGCUGCACUCCCACCGGAGAAACUGCCCUACCUCGUAGAGCUGAGCCCAGAUGGUUCCGACUCCAGAGACAAGCCAAAGCUCUACCGCCUUCAGCUGAGUGUCACUGAGGUUGGGACAGAGAAGUUCGACGACGGCUCCAUCCAGUUGUUUGGUUCAGGAAUUGAACCCCAUCACUGUGACCUCACAAACAUGGAUGGAGUGGUCACGGUCACGCCGAGGAGCAUGGAUGCCGAGACCUACGUGGACGGGCAGCGCAUCUCGGAGACGACGAUGCUGCACAGCGGGAUGAAGGUGCAGUUUGGGGUGUCCCAUGUGUUUAAGUUCGUGGACCCCAGCCAGGACCACGCUCUGCCCAAGAGAUCCGUGGAUGGAGGCCUGAUGGCGAAGGGUCCCAGACAGAGGCCUGGAAUCGUUCAGGAGACAACUUUUGAUUUGGGAGGAGAUGUUCAUAGUGGGACAGCAUUACCAGCGAGCAAGAGCUCCUCCAGGCUGGACGGCGACAGGGGGCUGUCUGCCGCCAGCACCGCCGAGCGAGGGAUGGUGAAGCCCAUGGUCAGAGUGGAACAGCAGCUGGACUACCGCAGGCAAGAAAGCAGAACUCAGGACGCUCCUGGGCCUGACCUAAUACUGCCUGCAAGCAUUGAAUUCAGGGAAAGUUCUGAAGAUUCAUUUUUAUCUGCCAUUAUAAAUUACACUAAUAGCUCUACAGUCCAUUUUAAGUUGUCACCUACAUACGUGUUAUAUAUGGCGUGUCGGUAUGUAUUGUCCAGCCAGUACAGACCCGAUGUCAGUCCCGCAGAACGGACGCACAAAGUGAUUGCCAUUGUCAACAAGAUGGUGAGCAUGAUGGAAGGGGUCAUUCAGGAAGUAGACCAGGUUGAUCAGAAACAGAAGAAUAUUGCAGGGGCGCUUGCUUUCUGGAUGGCAAAUGCAUCUGAGCUGCUCAACUUCAUAAAGCAGGACCGAGAUCUGAGUCGAAUCACGCUGGACGCCCAGGAUGUUCUAGCACACUUGGUUCAGACGGCCUUUAAAUACCUGGUUCACUGUCUUCAGUCAGAACUGAAUAAUUACAUGCCAGCCUUUCUGGACGACCCCGAAGAGAACAGUCUGCAGAGACCCAAAAUAGACGACGUGCUGCACACGCUCACGGGGGCCAUGUCGCUGCUGCGCCGCUGCCGGGUCAACGCCGCGCUGACCAUCCAGCUCUUCUCCCAGCUCUUCCACUUCAUCAACAUGUGGCUGUUCAACAGGCUGGUGACCGACCCCGAGUCGGGGCUGUGCUCCCACUACUGGGGCGCCAUCAUCCGCCAGCAGCUCGGGCAUGUGGAGGCCUGGGCGGAGAAGCAGGGCCUGGAGCUGGCGGCCGACUGCCACCUCAGCAGGAUCGUGCAGGCAACCACUUUGCUCACGAUGGAUAAGUACGCACCCGAUGACAUCCCAAAUAUAAACAGUACCUGCUUCAAGUUAAAUUCGCUGCAGCUUCAAGCCUUACUUCAGAACUACCACUGUGCACCCGAUGAGCCUUUUGUCCCUACAGACCUGAUGGAGCAUGUGGUGGCUGUGGCGGAGAACACAGCCGACGAGCUGGCACGCAGUGACGGGCGGGAGGUGCAGCUGGAGGAGGACCCCGACCUGCAGCUGCCGUUCCUUCUGCCCGAGGACGGCUACUCCUGCGACGUUGUCAGAAACAUCCCAAACGGCUUACAGGAGUUUCUGGACCCUUUGUGCCAGAGAGGAUUUUGCAGGUUAAUUCCUCACCCGCGCUCGCCAGGCACGUGGACGAUAUAUUUUGAAGGUGCAGAUUAUGAGAGUCACCUUACGCGGGAGAACACGGAACUGGCUCAGCCUCUGAGGAAAGAACCGGAAGUAAUCACGGUGACCCUCAAAAAGCAGAACGGGAUGGGCCUCAGCAUUGUCGCAGCAAAGGGUGCUGGUCAAGACAAACUUGGAAUCUACGUCAAGUCUGUUGUAAAAGGAGGUGCUGCUGACGUGGACGGGCGGCUGGCUGCAGGUGACCAGCUCCUCAGCGUGGAUGGACGGAGUCUGGUAGGACUCUCUCAAGAAAGGGCAGCAGAACUGAUGACAAGGACAAGCUCCGUGGUGACGCUGGAAGUAGCAAAGCAAGGAGCCAUUUAUCACGGUCUCGCUACCCUGCUCAAUCAGCCGUCGCCCAUGAUGCAGAGAAUUUCAGAUCGUCGUGGAUCAGGUAAACCCCGACCAAAGAGUGAGGGUUUUGAGCUCUAUAACAAUUCAGCUCAAAACGGGUCCCCGGAGAGCCCUCAGAUGCCUUGGGCAGAAUACAGCGAACCAAAGAAGCUGCCUGGCGACGACAGGCUGAUGAAAAACAGGGCUGACCACCGCUCCAGCCCCAACGUCGCAAAUGAGCCCCCUAGUCCCGGCGGGAAAGGCGCCUAUACCUCUGGGACAGCGGCCAAGAUAACGUCCGUCUCCACUGGAAACCUCUGCGCUGAGGAGCAGACCCCUCCUCCCCGAGCUGAGGCCUACCCCAUCCCGACGCAGACCUACACCAGGGAGUACUUCACCUUCCCGGCCUCCAAGUCCCAGGACCGCACGGCUCCUCCUCAGGACCAGUGGCCCCGUUACGAGGAGAAGCCCCACAUGCACACGGACAGCAGCCACUCCAGUACUGCAGUCCAGCGCGUGACCCGGUCCCAGGAGGAGCUCCGGGAGGAUGUCGCGUACCACCUGGAGCGGCAGAGGGUGGAGGCAGCGAUGGAGCGCAGGUCUGACGGCGGCGACGCGUGGCUCAACCAGGGCUCCUCGCUGGGCUCCAGCACCUCCAGCCAGGAGCACCUGGGCCCCCCUUCCAAGGCGGGCACCCCCGCGUCCACGCUCACCAAGAGCGGCCCUGGGCGCUGGAAGACCCCAGCCGCCUCCCCGCCGGUGCGGACCGACCCGCCCCCCGGGCACUACGGCGAUGGGGACGGAGUCCCCGCGGACUCGCCCCUCCCGCCGCCUCCCAGCGGCGCCCAGGCGGCUGCAGAGCGGAAGAAGCGGGAGGAGCAGCAGCGCUGGUACGAGAAGGAAAAGGCGCGCCUGGAGGAGGAGCGUGAGCGCCGGCGGCGGGAGCAAGAGCGCAGGCUGGGCCAGCUUCGGGCGCAGGCGCCGCCCCCCGGGCCCCCGCCCCCCGGGCCGCCCUCGCCCGCCGCCCCGCCGGCCCCCGCCCGCGCCCCGGACACCGUCAUCCGGGAGCUGCAGCCCCAGCAGCAGCCGCGCACCAUUGAGCGCCGGGACUUGCAGUACAUCACGGUUAGCAGGGAGGAGCUGGCCUCGGGGGACAGCCUGUCCCCCGACCCCUGGAAGCGGGACGCGCGGGAGAAGCUGGAGAAGCAGCAGCAGCUGCACAUCGUGGACCUGCUGAGCCGCGAGAUCCAGGAGCUGCAGGGCAAGGCCGAGCGCUCGGCCGAGGAGAGCGACCGCCUGCGCAAGCUCAUGCUGGAGUGGCAGUUCCAGAAGCGGCUGCAGGAGUCCAAGCAGAAGGACGAGGACGACGAGGAGGAGGAGGACGACGACGUGGACACCGUGCUGCUCAUGCAGCGCCUGGAGGCCGAGCGCAGAGCGCGGUUGCAGGACGAGGAGCGGCGGCGGCAGCAGCAGCUGGAGGAGAUACGGACCCGGGAGGCUGAGCAGCGGGCCCGGCAGGAGGAGCAGCGGGCCAGGCGCGAGGCCGAAGAAAAGGUCCUGGUGCUCUGAGGGCGAGGGGUGCGCGGCUGAGGGACCCGGGACGCGCAAGGGGGCCGCCGUUGAAACUGGAGCCCGGUCGGCCAGCCGGGCCCCGGCCCUGUCCUCUGAGCUGUCAUCCCCUUUUCCCCGGGCUGUCCCCCUCCCCCUUCUCCUCCUGCUUGUCCCCCUUCCCCCUUCUCCUCCGGGCUGUCCCCCUCCCCCUUCGCCUCCUGGCUGUCCCCCCUCCCCCUUCUCCUCCUGGCUCUCCCCCCACCCCCUCUCCUCCGAGUCUUGUCGCUCAAGCUUGUGGACUGUGGGGCCUCUGUGUGCUCGGGGCUCUGGUCUUUGCUGGACGGGGUCCAGCUUGUCACUGUGAAGGUGACAAGUGUCCAGUUGUUCACAGGGAGGUCGGGCCGUGGGAAGGACAGGAAACUAGGAAGUCACUGUUAACCUUAAGGGUUUCAAAUCGGUUAUUUCAUGACUUAAUUCUGGUCAGGGGUGAAGAGAGCAAAUGGCUUAUAGAAAACACGAUACAAGGACAUUUAAUUUAGUGUGUAAUCUGGUAGAUGUCCCGAGUUAUUGCUUUGUUUCCGUAUGUGGGUUUCUGAGAUUCAGGUAAUCCUUUCAAUUGCCUUUAACAUGACAGCACACGAGCUCCCCUGAGAAAUGGGCGCUUGGUGAUGCUGCCCUCCAGGCCCUGCCGUCUGUGGGCGCGUCACCGCGGCUCUGGGCUCGCUUCUGGGUCUCUCCAGGGCUGGCCGGUCCCUGGACAAGGUGUGGGAGAAGCUGGCCUUCCGUUACUUCCCUUCUGUGAAGGCGGGAGCUCUGAGGUCAUGGCUCCUGGUGGGGAAAGUCCAGCGAGCACCCUCAUGGCGCACCCUGCAGGAGGAAGCUUGGGGGGCUCUGAUAGUGAUGGGGUCUGUGGGGACGCGACAGGCAGAGAGUAAGACAGUGGAAAUGACGGAUGACUUGGUUAAGUGCGAGCCAGGUAGAUGACGUGGGCACACCUGCACUGAAACGAGCCAUGUCUACGGUCUGUUGGCCUUUGCCGUCCCGGUCAUCGUGCUGUCAACUGUGCCUGAAGAGCUUGUGCGCUGUUCCCAGAGUCUGGGGUUUCGUGGUGAGGCUCCCCUCGAGCUUGUCAAAGUCAGUAAUGCAUCUAAGGAAAUGGGGUUUCCACAGUUUGAGCCACUAGACCCGGGUUUUACAGUGUCUGUUGUGCUGCUGUCCCGGGGCUGCUCGCAGGGUGUGUUUUCCUGGCCGGGCCCCUCAGCUGUCUGUCCCACCUCUGCCUGAGCCCUCGGCCACCUGGGAGUAGUGCCCGCGGGGAGGCGGCCAGGCCGUGUUCUCCACGUUGGGAAAUUCCUGGGUUAUUUGACUUUUUUCCAGUGUGCGUUCUCACAACUCGUGAUUACGUCAGGUGCACCUGUGUGUGGGUAACUGCUUCUAUAAUUGAGCACUCAGUGUAAAAGGAAGCCGAAUAACCUAUUUUUUGUAGAGAAUGUGCAAAAUUGAUGGGUUUCUCUGUCCUAGGAAAACGUGCCGUUCACUUUCGGGUAGAAUGAAGUCUUCUCGGUUCAUGUGCCUGUACACCUGCUCUUAGUGUAACUGAAAGAACAUGUUGUGGUUUCCCUAAAAUGUGACCAAGUGAGCUUUGUUCACAUAAUACUAAGAUUCCUCACAGCUCCACUUAAGCUCUGCGGAGGUCAUUCCAGAUUUAAUUCCCCACUCUAAGAGAACGCUCAUUUUGUGUAGAAAAUAAGGUAAAAAUGUUUUUCCUUCAGGGUGUCUCAACAUAGUGUAAGAAGAUGAAGUGAGAAAUGGGGCCCAGGGCCAGGAUUGAGGCUGGCACCUGUUCUUAGCGUUUUCUCCCUCAGAAGGUGAAGCUUUGCCCACUGUGUACUCGUGUGUGUGUGUGUGUGUGUGUGUGUGUGUGUGUGUGGUGUGGAGGGAGUAGGGAGAAGACACAGUGCGCAAAGUGAAAUGGGGACUAAAAACUUCAAUCCUAAUGCCAGCGAGGCCCCUGAAAUUGGCCCCUCCCGUUGAAUGAAUUUAAAGUCCACUGCGCUUCCGUUCUGCGCACAUGGUGCAUUGAACAUUCCUCAAGUUAAGGCGGUUACUGUUUGAUCUUUCAGCUCUUUUCUUCUUCACUUGUCUCUUGUGUUCUGAAACUUCUGUCAUCUUUAACAAAACUGCGCUGUUACUUUUUUCAAUGUUAAGUUAACGCUGUCAACUGUGGUUUGUGCAGAUACAUGUCAGAAAAAACGUGCAGUCCGUGUCGAAAUACAUUUGGCUGUCUUGUUUCCUGGCUCUCUCAGUUUUCUGUUUGGCGGGAGUUUAUUAAGAUUUGAAAUACCAAUUAAAAACCGUGGAAAGC